AUGGGCCUCGUCGCCGGGCGGUGGGAGUUCCGCCCCGCGCUGUCGUGCCUGCCGUGCGGGGGUGUUCAGGGGGACGACAACGACGGGGAGGGGGGGAGUAAUACGCCGCUGCCGUGCUUCGAGGACGUGCCCGACGAGCACGCGCCGGCCGUCGUGGUGCACGCCGCGCGGCGCGGGCGCGACGACAUCAACGCCGCCCUCGAGCGCGACGCCGUGGACGCCGGCGGCGCGGUGCCCACCUACGACCGCGCCUGCGACGGCAACAUGCUGUCCUCCGCCCGGAAGCGGCGCCGCGGCGACCCCGGCGCGGCCGCGCGCACGCCAGGCCGCCUGCGCGUCCUCGACGACGACGCCGCCGGCCCGUCGCCCGCGGACGCGGCACCGCAGGGCGACGACGCCACCACGCAAGCGCCGCGCGCGGGCGCGGUCGAGGAGGUCCCGAGCGCGGGCAUGGUCUCGACCAGCCGCUGCUUCAACUGCGGGAGCUACAGCCACGCGCUGAGCCGGUGCCCGAAGCCCCACGACCCGGUGGAGGUGGCGCGCAACAGAGCGGCGUUUGAUUCGACGCGGCGGCUCAGCGGGCAGCCGGCGCUGCCGGACCGGUACCACGGCGCGGCCCCGAGGACGCAGCGGCGGUCCUCGCUGCGCAGCGCGGGGCACGCACGGGGGGGGGUGUCGAAGGACUCCGCGGACGACCCGGGGGGGGGAAAUCACGGCCUGACGGUCGUGGGCGGCGAUCUGGACGACGACGCGUGGGCGCAGCGGCGCGGCGGCGCCGCGGCGCAAGGGGAGGCGGGCGCGGGCCUUGGUCCCGCCGCGGCUGGUGCUGCGGCAGCGACGCGCAUAGCAGACAGGGUGGGCGGCGCGCUGGGGAGUGUGGAGGAGGUGGAGAUGGAGGACGAGAUCGAGCAGGGGGAGCUGAGGUAG